UUUUCUUAGAAAAGGGAUAAACGAAGUAGGGAAUAAGGAGCACUAGUAGGCCAUCAUUUGUCUUUUAUCAUUCAUAUCUUAAAAUGCUUUCAUAUUAGCUCAAAUGUUCCCUUUCUAUCCACCCAGUGACCCAAACAAUCUAAAAUCAAUUAAAUCUUUGAGUUUGUGAGAGGAAUUGAAGAUGGAUUUACGGUCGUUUCUUACAUCUUUUGGAACUUCAUUCCUUAUAUUUGUGGUUUUGAUGUUUCUCUUCACUUGGCUCUCUAGGAAACCUGGAAAUGAAGUAAUUUACUACCCGAAUCGUAUUAUUAAGGGUAUGGAUCCUAGUACGAAAACCCGAAACCCGAUGUCGUGGAUCAAGGAAGCUAUUUCUUCCUCUGAAGAUGAUAUCAUUUCUGUUUCUGGUGUUGAUACUGCCGUUUAUUUCGUCUUCCUUUCCACUGCUUUCACAUUGUUUGUUUUGGCUGGCAUUGUGCUACUUCCAACUCUUUUGCCUAUUGCCGCCACGGAUCACAGUAUCAGAUUGAAAAACUCCACAACCAUAAGCAAUGGAACGUUCACCGAGUUUGAUAAGUACUCCAUGGAACAUAUUGGACCAGGAAGUUGGAGGUUGUGGGCAUAUAUGAUUGCUGUCUACUGGAUUUCUCUAGUUACAUAUUUGCUCCUAUGGAGGGCGUAUAAACAUGUUUCUGAAAUAAGGGCUACUGCUCUUAUGUCUGCUGAACCAAGGGCCGAACAGUUUGCAGUUCUUGUAAGAGAUAUACCCCCUUCGCCCGAAGGUGAGAUCAAGAAGGAAGAAGUUGAUUCCUAUUUUAGAGCCAUUUAUCCUGAUACAUUCUAUAAGUCCAUGAUUGUAACAGAUAAUAAGGAGGUUAACAAAAUCUGGAAGAAGUUAGAGGGAUACAGGAAGAAACUGGUGCGAGCAGAAACAAUUUAUGCACAAUCAAGAACAAUUGGUAGUCCUGAGGGAAUCAGACCGACAAAUCGUAUUGGCUUGCUUUUUAGCAAUAAGGUUGAUACCAUAGAAUACUACAAUGAGAAGAUAAAUGAACUUACUCCUAUGUUAGAAACUGAGCAAAAAAUCACCUUAAGAGAUCGACAACUUCCUGCAGCACUUGUAUUCUUUUCGAGUAGGGUGGCUGCUGCUUCUGCUGCUCAGAGUUUACAUGCCCGAAUGGUUGACACUUGGAUAGUAGUAGAUGCUCCUGAACCACGUCAACUGAUUUGGAGUAACCUUUCUAUCAAUUAUUUUUCUAGGGUUAUACGCCAGUAUGUUGUGUACACUAUCGUUGCAGUAUCAAUAAUCUUCUUCAUGAUUCCGAUUAGCCUCAUCUCAGCAUUUUCAACAUUUGAGAAUCUUGGGAUGCUUCUGCCUUUCCUAAAACCUGUUAUCCAAAUAAUUUCUAUUCGAACAGUGUUGGAGGCUUAUCUUCCUCAACUUGUGCUUAUAAUAUUUUUGGUUAUACUUCCAAAAUUACUAAUGUUUCUAUCUAAAGCAGAAGGAAUUCCUUCGGAGAGCCAUGCAAUGAGGGCUGCUUCCGGCAAAUAUUUCUAUUUCACAGUUUUGAAUGUUUUCAUUGGAGUGACCCUAGGUAGUAGCCUAUAUAGUAGUAUCAAGUCAUUGGAGGGUAAGCCCAAAUUAUUGAGUGCAAUUGUUGAUUUACUUGCGGAGAAAAUUCCAUACAGUGCCAUCUUCUUCUUGACCUUUGUGGCCCUCAGGUUUUUUGUAGGGUUUGGUCUAGAAUUGUCCAGAUUGGUUCCAUUCAUCAUGUUCCAUAUAAAUAGAAAAUUUAUGUGCAAGACGGAAGCAGAAGUGAAAGAGGCAUGGGCUCCGGGGGAUUUAGGAUUUGAGACAAGGGUUCCAGGAGACAUGCUUAUUCUCACAAUUACCCUAUGUUACUCUGUUAUUGCACCACUGAUCAUUCCAUUUGGUGCUAUCUACUUCGGCCUGGGAUGGGUUGUCAUGAGGAAUCAAGCACUAAAAGUCUAUGUUCCAUCAUGUGAGAGUUAUGGGAGGAUGUGGCCUCAUAUUCAUACUAGAUUUCUUUCAGCACUAAUCUUUUAUCAAGUUAUUAUGCUUGGUUACUUUGGAAUCAAGAGAUUCUUCCACGCCACCUUCGCUAUUGUCCCACUUCUUUUAGUUUCCGUGAUUUUUGCGUUCGUUUGUAACAAGAAAUUCUAUCGUUUCUUCCAGCAUACAGCACUCGAUGUUGUAUGUAAUGAACUCAAGGAAACUCCUGACAUCGAACGCGCUUACAGAUCAUUCAUCCCUCCAAGUUUGAACUUUGAUAAGGAUAAGCUAGAUGGUGAUGAUCAAAACGGAGAGGAUGGUGAUCACUAUGGACAAGUUUAAUCUCAAAAACUGUGUAUUUCAUGCUAUGGUUAAAUGUUAUUAUAUGCUCUGUAUUUUUUGUGUGAUUUUUAAUAUAUACUCUCUGUAUUUUUUGUGUGAUUUGCCAAAGGUUGUACUUGUA